UGUUAGUGAAAUCUGGGCGAUGUCUGUAUCAGUACUAUAUUUGCGCUUGUGCUUACAAAAUGACCAAGAUUGCAUUUUUUGAUUUUUACAAUGUCUGAUUUAAUUGAGCAGAGAAGUACUAUCAAAUUUAGUUCGUUGUACGAAAUUUAUCGGGAACGUGUUGAUGAAAUCGAGCACUCCGUACGACGUCAACAAAUGAACAAUACGUCAAUAAAGUAAAGGAAUUAUUGAUCAAAAACGGUCGGUUGACUGUAGAAACCUUACUGAUCUGAUCGGAAAAUUAGAAGUAUUUGUGAAAACCAUUUGAAACUACGAAAAGUGUUCAGUGCUCGCUUACAAAUUUUGAUCCGAUUUAUUCUUGGCACAGUGGUCCGUAUUAGUUAAAACUUGGAUACUUAGAUUGUCUGCUAAAAAAAAAACCCGAUGUCAGGUACUUAAGCCUGAACAGGCCAAACUCACUUUUGCGCUUUGUGACAAGAUGGCGGCCUAAAGGGACUGAUCACUAGUUUUGGCAUAGCUAAAGAUAGUUUUGCCAAGGCCAAUGAUCUACUCUCAGCGCUGGACUCGCAGUUUAAUAGCCUUAAGCUAUUAUAGGAGUCCCCGAAGUUUAAAAAGGCUGCUGGUGGAAGGCCUGAGGGAAUCAUCCCGCAACUUUAAAGCGACUAGAAGCACUCCUCUUUGGAUAACCAGUCGUCUUUAGCAACCACUCAAAUGUUGCUAAGAUCGACAGUUAAAAAGAUUCAGACCCCGAUCAAUACACAGUGGAGUAUGGGCGACCCAUGCCGAUAAAAUGUUACCUAUCCAGUUAAGUAUACCCCCACAGGAGACUUCUGAGACCGGACCACAGCCUGCAGUACCAAAACCUCUUGUAGUGAUUCCACAAAUGAAACAAGGAAAUUAUAAUUAUCAAAACUACAAAUCGUCAACAAAAAGUCGUUGAGAAAGGACAUUAAAAACACUAUGAAGUUUAUUAUCGAAAUAUUAAGACUAUUUGUAAGGAAGCCAUCUUCUGGUGAAACUUUUCGAGCUUGGAUACUUUCUGCUCUUAUGGUACAUGGAGCAGUAGCCGGCAACCCAGAUGCAAAACGCUUAUACGAUGACCUUUUGAGUAACUACAACAAAUUAGUUCGUCCUGUUGUUAAUACCACAGAUGUUCUAAAAGUUUGCAUAAAAUUAAAGCUUUCACAGCUUAUAGAUGUGAACCUUAAAAAUCAAAUAAUGACUACCAAUCUUUGGGUUGAGCAGUCUUGGUAUGAUUAUAAACUUCGAUGGGAACCAAAGGAAUAUGGCGGAGUUCAUAUGUUGCACGUUCCUUCCGAUCAUAUAUGGCGACCAGAUAUUGUUCUUUAUAAUAAUGCUGAUGGUAACUUCGAAGUGACUCUUGCAACAAAAGCCACAAUUUACUCUGAAGGAUUAGUUGAAUGGAAGCCACCAGCUAUAUACAAAUCAUCGUGUGAGAUAGAUGUAGAAUAUUUCCCAUUUGAUGAACAGACCUGUGUUCUAAAAUUUGGCAGUUGGACUUAUGAUGGGUUCAAGGUCGACUUGAGGCACAUGGAUGAGCAGCAAGGCAGCAACGUUGUUGCCGUUGGUGUCGACUUAUCUGAGUUUUACAUGUCCGUCGAGUGGGAUAUUCUUGAAGUGCCAGCUGUGAGAAACGAAAAGUUUUAUACCUGUUGUGACGAACCCUACUUGGAUAUAACAUUUAAUAUCACAAUGAGAAGAAAAACGCUUUUUUAUACAGUUAACAUAAUAAUACCGUGUAUGGGAAUUUCCUUUUUAACUGUAUUGACCUUUUACCUACCAUCGGAUAGUGGAGAAAAGGUUACACUAUCUAUAUCAAUACUUAUUAGUCUUCACGUGUUCUUUCUUUUGGUGGUUGAAAAUCCCCCGACAUCGUUAGUUGUUCCCUUAUUAGGAAAGUAUCUAAUUUUUGCUAUGAUACUCGUAUCUAUAAGCAUCUGCGUGACGGUUGUUGUCUUGAACGUUCACUUUCGUUCUCCUCAAACCCAUAGAAUGGCUCCCUGGGUUAAACGAGUUUUUAUAGACUUUUUGCCUAAAUUUUUAUUCAUAAAAAGACCUACCUACAACUUUGAAACUAGUAAAUUGCUUUUGAAGGACACUCAUGCUUGCUUUUACCCCUACUACUCUGCGACCAAUAUUGACCGCCUUGUGUCGUCAGGAUACAACCACAGUCAGUCGAAGGAAGAGAUAUCACAAAGCUUAACUGCCAAUGGGCCUUUUGGAGGAAGCUGUCAAGUUCAUGGAUCCGUGCCUCCCCUUACUCAUUGUAGCUCUGAUGAAAUAGCAGCUGUCCCCGACAUGGAUAUCGCGUCCCUAGGAAUAAAAAGUCCUAUACUAAACAAUCCAGCAUUUUCUCAUUCAAAAUGUCUCCCUAAGAUCCACAAAAGUUGUUUUUGUGUGCGGUUUAUAGCGGAGCACACAAAAAUGCAAGAGGAUUCUACAAAAGUUAAAGAAGAUUGGAAAUACGUCGCAAUGGUAUUAGAUAGACUUUUUUUGUGGAUAUUCACAUUGGCCGUGGUUGUCGGAACAGCAGGAAUCAUUUUACAGGCCCCGACACUGUAUGACGACCGUAUACCGAUUAUCGAGCAAAAGGACUUGGACUUUUCUGGAACUUCUGCGGGACGUUGCCGACCUCCCCAAUAACAUUAUUAUAUUGGCAGAUUUUAAAGAAAAAGUUAAAGUAAUCCUUCUUUUUGUUAUUUUAUGAAACAUUUGGCUUAUUUUUUAUGCACGAAAUUUAUUGCUACUCAUUAAAAUGGAAGUUAAACCACUUUAAGACAAGAAUGACACAUAUAUAUGUAGUUUGAAAAUGCCACAGCUCAUACAAUAUGCCCUUCAAAUUGCAAAAUCACAUCUUACAUUUACAUACAUAUACAUAUAUUUUUUUCUCGAUGCCUAUAUGACAGCAUUUGAAUUUAAGCAAUCGUUUCAAUUAUUUUUUUAAAAGUUAUAUGACAUCGUCAUUCGAUGAAAAUAAAUUUAAAUCAAAUUUUAAAAUUUGGAUUGCGUGUAACAGAAAAUAAAAUAUUUUUUUUAAAAUGAUUUCUAUUUAUUUUUCUUAUGGCAGCUCUUUUAUAGCAAUUACCAUCUGCUCUAUCUGAAUCCGGCAUAUAUUUCAAAAGCAAUAGAAAAAGAUUGAAUGUUUUAUUCAGGUAGCUUUCAUUUAACGCAUUUUGCUUUUGUUAGCUUUUGAACUUUACUCAUUGAACAGUAAGCCUCUGAGACCAAUGAAUAACAACAUGAAUAAAAAGCAUUCUUUAUAAUGUCAUUCUUAAAUUUUAAUAAGACAAGAAAUGAAGCUUGCUUCGCCAAAGCUUGUAUACCCUUGCAUUCAUCAAAUAUGACGAACCGAAUGCAUAAAGACUAAACAACAUCAAAGCUAUAACGAUUUUUCUUCAUUUUUCAUUUUUUCGACUAUUGUUCAUAUGGCAGCUUUA